UCAGUGUAGCCUGUCGAUAAAUUCUUAUCGUCAGAGCCCAUACCGUCUUAUCGUGAUUUUCAUAAAUUUUAUUUGAGACUAUAGGGAGAUACCGAAACUUGUUUAUAACGUAUAUAUUGUUAUUUUGUUCCUAAAAGCGUAAAGAUUUAAAUGGAAACCGGUAUAUUAUAAUAAAAUUAUGUUAACCUAAGUAAAGAACUAAAGUUGGUAUAAUCAUUUGAAACAUAUACAUACGUACAUUUGUAUUGCACAUAUAUAUGGAAAUCAACAUUUAAAAUGGAAGCAAGAAGACAAAAUGUAAAGUACUCGAGGACAGAUCUAUUAUCUCUGCGCUAUGAAAGUAAAAGUCGACAACGUCCGCAAUGCUCAAAUCGCGUCGAGCUGCAGACACUGAAUUUUUGGAAGGUGAAUUUGAAUGCAGUAGCAGCAUCUUCGUCGUCAAGUUUGGCCAGCUGCAGUAAUUAUGCAAAUCAAGGUAAGAAUAGGCUAUCACCGGAGACGGAUAACUCGAGUUUAAAUAGUUCGAAUAAUGGCUCAAUAAGUUCGCGACGUGCGAUGCGAAAUCGUGAGCGAGCGAAUAACUAUUAUCAACGUUUUGUACCGAGCGUCGGCGGUGAUCCUUUCCCGAUUUGUGGCGAAGAAAAGGAGAAAUCAUUUAAAUCCCCGCCAAUCAUCGAUCAUCGGAGCAUAUCAUCAUCGCAUUUAAUGCCAGCAUUUGCCAAGCGGCGUUUGGCGGCUGUUAAUGGUGGAAAUGGCAAUGGAACUGAGGCAACGCAAAACACAUGUGAUGAUGUACAUGGUCCAGAAUUAACGGAUCGUAUUGCAAGUCCUCAGCAUAUAAAAAUCAGUACCAUCACCGAAACGGGCUCGCCUCAAAGCUGGAAAGUAAGUGGUUCUGAUUUAGAAAAUUCAGAAAGAGCAGAAACAGAGAGACGCUUACACUAUGUUCAAUUGGAUCCUCAAGUUCCGCAAUGUUCAUCUCCAACAUUUUCAUCGAGUAGGCUUGAAAGGCAGCGCAUUGGCAGCGGUCGUUUAUUGGUAAACUCAUGGGAAUAUAAUAAGAGCGAGGAGUCAAAGGAGAGCAACCUGGAUAUAGAGAAAGAAACUUCUUUUAAUGGGAACAAUCGUCAUCGCACUUAUAGUGGACGCCUUACUGAAAACAUAGAUCGUCGUUUUCAAUAUGAUAACAACAAAAGGCACACGGAUAAUAGGCCAAACAUAGUCAGUAAUCGUCGUGGGAAUAACAAAGAAGCUCUCAACAGCCGCGGCAAACGUUUAAAUACUUAUCAUCGUGAUCGAAAUGAGGAGCCCGAAUGGUUCAGUUCUGGGCCAACUUCGCAGUUGGAAACUAUAGACUUGCACGGUUUUGAUGAGUUCGAAAAUAAUGAAAAUGAUAACAAGGAUGGUGAGGUAGAAAUUGAAAACAAAAUAAAAACAUCUGAAAAUAAUAAGGAUAAAACUAGUGCUGCAAUGAGAGUAAAUAAAGCCUGUUCUGGAGAAGAUAAAAAUGAUACCACGGAAAAGCCAAAUAAAAAUCAGUCCAAUUCAGACACUCAAUUCAAUUUUGAUGCUUUCUUGAAUAUGCAUCCUUUGGAUUCCACACUUAUUACUAAUGAUGGGGAAAUUGGCAAAGGCGAAAUAAAAGGUACAUCACGUUUUAGCAGAUGGUUUCGUGGUAAAGAUGUUACGAAUAAUACCGAGCCUGCAUCGUCCUAUCAAGAGCCGUUGCAUGUUCAAGAAAAACAUGACAUUCCCAGUGUUAAAGAUUUAGAAGCACAAAUGACUAAAGUCGAAAUGCGUCCAUCUGACUUUCAAAGGGCUGCUCCUGUUUCCUUUUCUCAGAUAAUGCCAGUGCAAAAGCCAGUUGCUAGGGAUACAGAGGCAUUCAAAAAACUUCUUCAACAAUUGGGGGGCUCCCAAAUUCAGCCUCCAGUCAGACAGCAACCCUUAAAUCAUUGUACAAAUGAUGGUUCUUUUCAUUUAAUUAACAACUUAAGUCCUAAGUUGCCGAUAGAACCAAUUCGGAAAACUGAUCAUAGAAUACCACAACAACUGCACCUGCUAAACAUGAAUACACCUAAUAGUACUGCCCACGAGUUUGAAUAUAAGCGCAUGGAAAUGCAACAACUUCUGCAAAACCUUAAUCGUGGCGAUAUUUCUGUAGAAGUAUUGGAAAAGGAUUUACAUAACCCCAAUACGCCACUACACUCUAAGGACAUGAUUGUUUCAGUUAUUCGUGAAUAUACGCAACACACUAAAAGGAAUCUAGCAGCAGCUGUACAGAGCGAUCCUCAUUUAGUAGUCUCUCAUCAUUCAGCGUUUGCACAACAUGAUGAUUUAAUUCACCUAAACCCGACCAAUCAUCAUGGAAUUAAUCAGCAGCUUAACAGUGCGCACAGCCACGGCCACAACAAUUCACAAACUACCUUGGCUUUUACCCCCACAUCAGUGUUAAGGAAAAUGACUGCAGACAAAGAUACAACACCUUCGCAAAUACAGAACUCAUCUCAGAAUCAGCAUCUUAAUGAGCACUAUCAAUUGAAUCCACAACAUGUCAAGCAACAAGAGCCACCAACUAUGACAGUGCAACAACAACAUCCACGAAUGAUAUUGGGUGGCGGUGGUAACUUUGCUCUUGGUCCAAAUCCACAGCAAAUGUCACCAACUUUACAACAGCAAUGUCGCAGCAAUCAAAAUCAAAUAAAAUGGAAUUCCGGUGUUACCAAUAUACACAUGAUGCCUGGAAAGGCAUUUGGACGCCCCAUACUUAAAGGAGGCCCCAAUUCAAUGCCGCAAAUUCAAAUUCCGGCAGUCGUUUCUUUAAACCAAAAAAUAGAGUUACAACAGCAUCUUCAGCAGCAGCAACAGCAUCACCAACAGAUGCAGCAGCAACAACUUCGCUUUAAGACUUCAGUAGAAUCAAAUUUAAAUACAGAAAGCUUGCAUCAAAAUAUAAGUUUUCCUGAUGGGUUCCCUCAGAAUAAUUUCCAGCAGCAGCAAAAUCUCUUGAUGCAUCACCAGCAGCAGCGACAACCUCUUCGACCUCGAGUGAUUUAUGGCGAUCUGCAACAGCAGCAGCCGCAUCAUCAUCAAUCGAAUUUCCCAAUGACUUCGACACCUUUAUUAGCUGGUGGCUUUCAUGAUCUUUGCGGCGACUCCGGAAAUGUAGUUAAGAGUACUAGCUACGACAGAGAUGAUCGGAUGCCAACGCAAUCACCUCCAACCAAUAAUCAAUUGGCGCAAUGGUUCUCGCCAGAGCUCCUGGCCAAAGCCUCAGCCGGAAAGCUUCCUCAUUUGAAUCAAAACCAAGCGCUUAGUUUAGAAGAAUUUGAACGUAGCAUUCAACAUUCCUCAGCUGUACACAAUUAAAAUAAAUUCAUCAAACGGCAACAUAAAUUAAAACAAUGCUAUUAAUUACAACAAAAAAAAAAAAAAAGAAAAAAUUAAAAAAUUAGUUCAUAUAUAGCGUUCAGAUUUUUUAUUACUUUUUUGUGAAUAUUAGCAAAACGAAAGAAGUAAUCCGUGUGUAUUGUAUAUUCAUAUAAGAAAAUUUGUUUAAAAUGCAUUUUUUGGGGUUACGCCAGUUUCUAGUAUAUAAUAUAUACAUAUACCCAUAACAUAAUUUAGUUGGUCGAUAUUGUAAAGUAAUUAUUAUAUAUGUAAAUAACAUAUUUCAAAAGAAAAAUAAAAUAAGUUAAGAAUGA